UUCGUAGAAAGCGACGAUGAUGAGGAGCUUCUCUUUAACAUCCCGUUUACGGGCAACGUGAAAUUAAAAGGGGUAAUUGUGAUGGGAGAAGAUGACAGCACGCAUCCGGCAGAGAUGAGACUGUUCAGGAACAUUCCUCACAUGUCCUUUGAUGAUGCAGCCAGGGAACCGGACCAGACGUUCAGCCUGAACCGGGAUCCGAUAGGCGAGCUGGAGUACCCCACCAAAAUUGCCCGUUUCUCCAAUGUUUACCACCUCUCCAUCCACUUUCCGAAGAACUUUGGAGCUGAGACAACAAAGAUUUUUUACAUAGGCCUGAAAGGAGAGUGGACAGAGGCUCAUCGCCACGAAGUCACCAUCUGCAAUUACGAAGCAUCAGCAAACCCAGCUGAUCACAAGUUGGAACAAAUCACCCCACAGACUCACUUCAUCUCCUAA